ACGCAAGAAAGAGCUUGACGACGAUCGUGCCAACGAUCGCGUAUCAGUUCUUCGAGUGGUGUUCAAGUGAUCGGUCGCAAAUAUCUGUACCGCGACGCGUGAGUGAGGUGCAACUAGUUGGAAACUUGAAGAAAUUGUCACCCGUUUGGAACUGGUCAUCCGUGUGUAGUGCAGCUAGGAACUGAAAAUGACGGCUGGACCAUUUUCUCAAAUCCUGAUCUGUUCGAUACUGAUCUUGAGCCUCUACCGGGAAGGAGUGAAAGCUCUAUUGACCCACUCAACAGAAAGUGCCCCAUGUACAACUCCAACCAAACACCCCGGUUCGUGCGUCUCGAUCGAACGGUGCCGAAACAUCUACACCAUAGUUAGCAAUCCAACUCCACCGUCUACGGGCAUUGCUAACUCCUUAAAAAGGGCUGCCUGCACGCUACCGGGAGUGACGCGUAGUAUUUGCUGUCAACCGGCAGAAGUUAUCCCGGAGCCGCCUACAACAACGGCCAGCCCUGCUUCAGGCGCAAACUUUAAUCUACUACCCAGAGACUGUGGCCGAAUAGUCACCGAUAGAAUUUCCCAUGGAAACGUUACCCAAGUGUUUAGCUACCCCUGGAUGGCUGUUCUACGGUACGAUUACAAUGGUACAAUCAUAGGUGAAUGUAGUGGAUCGCUGAUCAACAAGCGGUACAUCUUGACGGCUGCACAUUGUCUCAACAUGGAAAUACAUAGCGUCGUACUCGGAGAACAUACCAAGGGCCAAGACAUUGAUUGCAACAUUUAUCAUGAUAUCAAAGGUGAAGAAAUCGAAAGGGACUGCGCUGGACCGAUUGAGGAGUUCGGGAUUGAAUCGUUCGACGUUCACCAGGAUUACAAUCGACCGAUAUACAGCAACGACAUUGGAUUGAUUCGACUGGAUAAAGAUGUUACUAUGAACGAUCACAUAAAACCAAUAUGUUUACCCGUUACGGCGGAUCUACAAAAAAAAGUGUUUGAAAACUAUGUUGUUACUGGUUGGGGAACCACAGAAGCUCAAAAGGAAUCCAAUAUUUUGCUGGAGGCAGUUUUACCCUAUGUGGACAUAUCCGAGUGUCGCCUGAAAUUGAAAGAAAACCAAAUAUACGUUCGGCUUAGCGAUAAUCAAAUGUGCGCUGGGGGUAAGAAUAAGGUCGAUUCCUGUAAGGGUGACUCUGGCGGACCACUUGGAUUCAGUGCCAAUUAUAACGGUGCCCGAUUCGUACAGUUCGGAAUCGUUUCCUUCGGAGUUAAAGACUGUGGGCAAAAGAGCGUACCCGGUGUAUACUGUCGGGUGGCAGCCUAUAUGGAUUGGAUAGCGGAACACAUUAAACCCUAAUUUUGUAGUGAUUAUGACAGUCUGCACUUGUGUUUAAAAAACACUUUCGGUAGUUAGUAAAAUCAGGUCUCGAGAAAACCAGAUAUAAAAUUUCACCGGAAUUAAUGCGGGUUUUAUUGCUGAAAGAAAGUUCAUAGCCUACUGCUGUAUUUACUUAGAGCAGCCGUACCAGUCGUUGCCAUUUGCGGCACUAUUUUUCUUACGCACAGCGUUUCCAUUUUGGCUUAAUCACUCCUCUCCAUACCGGUCGUUGCUAUCAGAGUCAUAAUUUAAGUUACCGUUUUCCACACCGGCAAAACAAACUUUUGGCGUUUAUUCAAAAUAGCAGCCGUCUGAUGCGUUGCUACCGGGUUGCUAAAUUUAUGAACUCAUUACUUCCCAAGGUGCGGAUUGCUAUUUCCCCAACCUGAAUAGCAACCCCCGGUACGCAAGUAGCGUUAUGGUAGAGGUUGGUAAAUGUGCCUUAU